GUUUUGGUACAGCAUCAAAAGGAAAUUUAGUGUUAACGUCGUUGAGUAAUCCAAAUGCAAAUCUUUGAUCCUCGUGUUUCAGUAUAUGUAUCUAUAAUGUUGUAGAUCACUCAAAUAAAAGAAGAUGGCGGCGACAAGCGAACUCUUUGCAAAAUUAAACAAAUGGAAGAACAAGGCAGAGGAGGAGGGCCUCAAUUUCGAAGCGCAAGGGACAAGCACAGAUGACCGGUAUAAAAGAUUUUUAUUUUGAUUUAUUUGAUUAUGUUGGUCAAUGGUCAUUACUGGCUCAAGAUCCAACGAACGAACCUGAUUUCAAUGUCAAAUGACUGCUCUCACUCGUCACCUUGAUCAUGAUCAAUGCCGUUCCUUGUCUUGAACUCUUGUUAGUUCCUCCUAUGAUCAUCGUUUGAACUCAAUGAAUUCCAACAUGAAUUAGCAGCAAGAUCUCCCAGAUCUUUAACUGCACUAUGACCCUUCAUGAUAUCCCAAUGACAUUGAACCCAUUUUGAUACCAUUUCAGGGCCUUAAACAGUCAGUGAUCAUUCGGCACGUCCGUUCUGAUCGUCUUUCUGUUACAUUGCAACGAUAAUCAUUCCAUUUACUCUCAAGAGCCUCAUAUUGCGCUUGGACGUGUUCGGGUGUUCCAACACUGUUUCAAGCCCUUGAGCCUUACCUUAUUAAAGAAAUUGCUAGUCAAUACUUUGUAGAAGUAGAGAAAACAAAGUCGCAUUAUUUGCGCCACAAAAUGCCCGAUAUGAGUCUUGGAGAGAUUUCACCCAAACUGGGACAGAAAUCUGACUGGCGUGACUGGCUUCGAGCGGUAACGCAAGAAGCGGACCGCCUGGACCUAGUCCAAUACUUCAACAACGUGCUGAACGGCAAUGCGGCAGGGAUUCCGAACCAACCCAACAACAACGACCGCAAGCUCCAGCAGAAUUGGCGAGAUUUGAAGAACGUGAUCAUCAAGUCGCUCAAAGGUGCAGCCGCAGCACAUAUGAAGGAUCAGGAUACCACUGUAAUGAACGCUGGUGAAGUGGUAACAAACCUCCGUGACGCUGGUUUCAGUCAAAAUGACCGCACAGAGCAGCGAAUCUCUGCUAAAGCGUUGGAAGGGAUGCAUUUCACGAACAGUGAUUCUCCUCCAGACGUUCCAACAUUCUUGGCGAAGGUUAGAGAUGUCAUGAACCAAUCUCCGACCGUAUACCCGCCGGAAGUUGGUGUGGCUGUUGCUGAUCAACAAAACGGAGCAAUCCUCGACAUUCUGCCAAAAAUGUUUUCCAAAGCAUUUCGACAGACAAUCGAGAGGAUGCAAGAAGAUGAACAUCUAACGUUCGUCCAAAUCGGUGACAGACUCACGAAACGGCUUCAAAGUUUGAUUGACUCUGGUGAGUACAAGAUCGAGAAUCCAUCUUUCGGCAAAGCUUUUCCAGCUGUCGAAGAUUCCGAUGAUGAAAACCAGAACAAUAACAAAACCAAGAAGCGUAAACGUCAAGAUGAGAGUGAUGACGAUGGUAACGCGUUUGCCGCUCUCAAGAAAACAACGAUCAAACGACUUCGCAAGAAGAUUCGCAAAGAAAUCAAGAACGAGGUCUACGCAACAAAAGGAAGUGGAAAGAGUAGUAGUAGUAGUUCUAGUAGUAAGAAGAACAAAGGAAAUGGCAAAGGUAAAGGUGCUAAGAACUCAAAUCCUAAUGAGGGCAUCCAGUGCAACUAUUGUCACAAAUAUGGACAUAAGGCGCACAAAUGCUGGCUAAACCCGAUGAGUCAAAGCUACCAACCUAACAAAGCCAUGGGCAGCAACUUCUUCAACAAUUCAUACAACUGUUGGCCGCAAGGUAACACUAUCCCUCCGUGGCACCAGAACAACUAUCCACCGCAACAAAGUGGAGGAAAAGGAUUCGACAACGGUAACCCACAGCAGCAAUGGGGUGGACAACAACCACAACGCUGAGUCGAAACCAAUCCGGAAUGGAAUGGAUAUGGGAGACGAGAUGGACAGUCCCAAGAUGAAGAAGAAUUGGAAGAAGAUUUCCAAAAUGAGGAUGGAAAAUGUUCGCUGAACUUGGAAGAAAACUUUGAGAAUAAAGAAUAUAGAAGUGAACUGCUUAGGGAUGAAAGCUAUAUGAUUGACAAUCACUCAGGUUGCUAUCUUAGUGCAAAUCAAAGCAAAACAGUUUCACUUGUUGACAGUUGUGCAAAUAAGUAUUUGUCUAGCCAUCGUUCCGAUUUCAAGAAAAUUAGCCACCGGCUUUGUCAUAUUAGUGGCACUGCUGGAAAGCGAAGUGGGAACCUAGGUAGACUAAAAGAAAACAAACUAGGAUUAAAAUAUGGCGUACACUUUGAACACUUACCAAAAGCCAUAGAUCGCAUUAUACCGUGGUUAGGUGAAGGAAACUGUCAUGAAAAGGGUUGGCAAAUGAAUUUCACAGAAAGUGGCGGAACGUUGUACAAUACUCGCUCCGGCCGCUCUCUACCCAUAACAAAUUGCCCCCAGAUGCAGUUACCUAUUCUAGGCUGUGACAUGUUUAGCAAAGAAGAAAAUGAAACUGAGGAGGAUAUAGUAUGCACUAGUAUAGAAGAAGCUAGACUUCAUUCACAAGCUUCAAGAUUAGACAUACAUCGUAGACUUGGUCACUUUCACGUUGAUGGCCUUAGUGUAUCUUGUCCAGAAUGUGAUCGAACCAAAGGUCAAAGACGCUCUCAUGCAAAAGUGAGACCCCCUGGACAUAUACCUUCUCCAUUGAAAACACUUGCAAUUGAUUUCGCAGUUGGUAUUAGACCAGUAUCUAUAAGAAGCAAAAGAUGUGCUUUAGUCAUUAUUUGUGAUUCGAUUAAAAUGUGUUUCGUUCGUCCUCUUUGCCUCAAGUCGGACUGCGUAGAGGUGAUUGAAGAAGUAAUAAAAGGCAUUCGCCAGGACUACUCAUUGUCACUCGACGACAAGGUGGUGUGGUUCAUCCGUAGAGAUAACGAACCCGUCCUAAGUAGUGACCAUAUGACCAAAGUCAUGCAAUCGCUACUGGUUUCGGAAAUUCCUGGAGUUCCUUACAACCCAGAAAUGAACGGAACUUGCGAACGUUUCAUGCGGACCAUUUUCGGUGCUGUACGUACCAUGUUGGUCAAAGUCGACCGACGUCUUUGGUGUUACUGCUUACAGUAUGCCGGAGAUUGUUGGAAUCGCUUACCGCAUCGUUAUGCAAAAAUGCCAGAACGUGAUGGAAUGAGUCCUGUCGAGAUACUAGAAAAGAGGAUAGGAAAGAAGUCCUCGAAAAGUGGUCUAGGUAUGUUAAGAAGAUUUGGUUGCUUGGUGUACUUUCGUGAACAGGUCGUAGACACCACCAACAAGAAAGAAGCAAAGCUUGCGUCACCUUAUCGGCGUGGUGUGUUUCUCGGUCUGUGUCCAGUUUCGUCUGGUUGGCUAGUAGGUACAUAUCACAACGAUGGGAGAACGAAAGCUGGCUUCAAGUGGAGUGAGUAUUCCACACUAGACGUAAAAUUUCGAGAGUCGAUAUUAGUCAAGAACAUUGAUUGGCUAUUGCCUACGUCGAAGGGCAUUUAUGUUGAUUAUGACCCGCUGGAAAACCUGCAGUCUGGCACGCCGUCGCUGGGUCCCGUCCUGCACAGACAUGCGCUGCAACGUAUGGCCUGUCAGCCGCGCUUCUCUGGCACGGAGUACAGCUCAGGCGAUCCAACCGGCAUGGAAAUGAUACUAGAUAACAAUGACAUUGGUGAGUUUUUCUGUGAAUCUUUGGACAAAGAGGAAGAUCCAAAGACCGGUGAUGAUUCCAACUCUGACGCGCAACGCGUUGAGGAGGGGAAUAUCUCAUCGGAGCGUGUGUCGCCUGACUCUAAUCCUGAAGCAAGGGAUCCGAGGACCUUACCCAUUCCACCAUCUCAACCAGGCAAAGUUGAGGAGGGGAAGAAAGGCCGAGGAAGACCUAAAGGGAGCAAGGAUAAGAAUCCAGGACAACGCAAAAGAAGAACAAAAGCCGAGCUAGAAGCAUUAAGAAAAGACAUGCAUAAAUUUGCCAUGCUAGCAGGCGGGCAUGAGCUGGAAGAAGGGGAGACCUUUCUCGAAGCACAUGUCAUGCUGUCAGUUUCCCAAGCCUUGAAAAGCCCUGACGCCGAGAAAUGGCGUGCAGCUAUCACCAAGGAGGAAGCUAGACUACUUGCCUUUGAGACUUGGGCGCCAGCUACUGACGAGGAGCUGCGAACCUCUUCUCAGGUAAUGCCUAUAGCAAUCGUUCUCACGGUAAAACGUGAUGGAACUUUCAAAGCUCGUGCUUGUGUGCUCGGGAAUCUUGAUCGUUCGGGGAAUAUCGACACCUACGCCCCUGUAGUGUCACAUGCUGCGAAUAGACUUUUACUCGUUUCAGCAGCGACGGACUCUGACUUCGUCAUCCCAUUCGACCUUGAUUCUGCGUUCCUUAAUGCUGAACUCGAUCGUGACGUCUUCUGCCGUCUUCCACCAGUGUGGGCGGAGAAGCAUGGAGCGGAUAUCGUCAAGCUUAAGAAAGCUCUCUAUGGGCUCAAGGACGCUCCACGAGCCUGGUUCAAGAAGUAUUGCGUGCUAUUGUCCGAACUCGGAUGGGAGCCGUGUCCUUCUGCUCCAGGAUUGUGGCGGAAAAAGAGCAAAACGCACCCAGGAAAGUAUAUGAAGAUGUCAGUCUAUGUUGAUGAUAACUUAGCUACUGGACCUGACUAUCACGAGUUACGGUCUGAGCUCGACCGGAUCUUUAGUCGCGCCCCUGGCCGACCUAUUGAGAUGGCAAAGCGAGUCGAUUCUCUUACGGGUUUCGAAUGGCUAGAGUUCGACUUUCUUGGUGCGAUUGUGCACUAUUGUCGGGAAGCACGUUCAGUGAAAAUCCUGAUGAAUGUGUACAUAGAGAAGACUAUACAGAAGUAUAAAAUAACAUUAGGUAAGCCGGUGUGGUCUCCAAAUUUCGACGAGUCUGCUUUGCUUGAGGAGGGGCUUAAGCUAGCAGCCGGGUUUCCAUUGCGUGAGAUUGUUGGCGCACUGCUUUGGAUAUCGACAACCGCAAGGCCAGAUAUUUGCGUCCCUGUGGCGACAUUGGCUCGGUAUGUCAGUAAGCCCGUUACAGAAAGAAUUGCAAAAGCCUGUAGAAAAGUAUUAAAGUAUCUAGCUACGACAAAAGACCAAGGACUCUAUUAUUCUCCAGAAAGUGAGGAAGAAUUCAACGGAAUUUACAAGAAGCUCCUACCAGAAGGAAGAGAGCUACCGUAUACUAACUGGUUCUCAGAUGCAGGAUUCGCAAACUGCAUAAAGAGCAUGCGCUCGACCAGUGGUUCGAUUAUGUACUAUCGGGGCUUUCCAAUCUGUUGGAAACGCAAUACACAAACCGUGCGUGCAUAUUCAACUGCAGAGUCAGAGUAUAUAGCCGCGUCGGACACUAUUGUCAUGAGCGAGCUGCAUGAUUUUACAGAUUUCUUCAAUCCCUUACCCACUCAAUUAGUGGAAACGCGGUUUGGUAUAUCGCCAUCCCUCGAUGAUGCCAUAUUGUGGAUAGACAACCAGUCUGCAAUCUCGACAGCAAAGAGUGAAGACACGAAGCCUAAGAGUAGACACUAUGCGUUACGUUAUUUACGAGUUAGAGACGCAGCUGAGAAAGUAGUUUUCUGUCCUACUCACCUCAUGAAAGCUGAUGGACUAACGAAACUUUCAUGCUCAUCUACUCAACGCAGAUUAUUAUUACAUCACAUAGAGAAUCCAGUCAUUAGCCGUAACCAUGAUGAAGAUGAUAGUGACUCGGAAACGGAAGAUGAUGAGUCUGGUUCAAGUUCUGCUUCCGUGGCGGUGCUUACCUAUUCUAUCUUCUUAGGGUGUUAGGUCGUUGGUCAAGUGGUGACGUCAGUGGAUAUAGAGAAUCGUGAUGGUUCUGGGUCAGAGCAGGUAACACCAGACCGUUUGUGACUUUCGUCAUUUCCUCACCUAGCGAUUGAGGAGGGGUGUUGGUCAAUGGUCAUUACUGGCUCAAGAUCCAACGAACGAACCUGAUUUCAAUGUCAAAUGACUGCUCUCACUCGUCACCUUGAUCAUGAUCAAUGCCGUUCCUUGUCUUGAACUCUUGUUAGUUCCUCCUAUGAUCAUCGUUUGAACUCAAUGAAUUCCAACAUGAAUUAGCAGCAAGAUCUCCCAGAUCUUUAACUGCACUAUGACCCUUCAUGAUAUCCCAAUGACAUUGAACCCAUUUUGAUACCAUUUCAGGGCCUUAAACAGUCAGUGAUCAUUCGGCACGUCCGUUCUGAUCGUCUUUCUGUUACAUUGCAACGAUAAUCAUUCCAUUUACUCUCAAGAGCCUCAUAUUGCGCUUGGACGUGUUCGGGUGUUCCAACAGAUUACGACCUACUUUUCUUGUUGAUCAGGCAAAGAUCGAUCUCGGUUUCUGGUAAAACUUUCGGCCUCGUUGGGAAUGCUUUUCAUUUUAGAAGCACAAGCUUCUAGUUAUAUUCUUGAUGUAAUAAUGUUGGAAUCUUACUCAUGAGUCAAUGUCAACUGUUAUAUUUCCAUAAUUACCACUUACAACAGAGCAAAGACGUCCCGGAGUUCUCAAGCUUAUUCUUCUUCGAGUUCUUCAUUAACGACGACAAGAACUACAAGUAGCAUUUUUAGAGCAAAUGGGCCUGGAGAGGUACCCAAAAUACUGCAAGUAGGUGGGUCAACAAAGUCUUCUAGUUCUUCUACCUGUUCCGCUGGAGCUGAUGAACUAAAAAAGAAACUCGGAAAGUGGAAGACCCAAGCUGACGAAACAGCGCUAGAGAAUGAGGUUGAGGAGACGCGAGCUGACGCAGUAACCUCUAGUCAAUUUACAACUUUCAUAGGAGAGGGUGCGUCAUCUUCUUCAUCGAAAGGCGAUCAGAUAAAGCGGAUAUCAGCGUCGUCAUCGACAUCUUAUGACUAUAGUGCAGGAAGUAUAUUAGCUAUGAUCAUGUUUCCUUGGUACAACAAGAAGUGCUCUACCGCAAACUCGAGCAUCAUCCGACUCAUCAUCAUUGGGUCAAAAGUUAGUGUAAGGUACUCUUUUCUUUUCGUAGCUAUAUUUUCGUGCUGGUUCUAAUACAAACUGGACGGUGCAAGCAGCAGCUCAUCAACAAAUUGUGAAGAUUUAUCGGCUUCACCGAGCUCUUCGAAAACCUCAAGUCCUGUGGAGCAAGAGCUGAAGCAAAGACUGUCAAAGUGGCGCGAUAAGGCCGAAAACGAGGGGGAAAAGUAGUAAUUAUAUCUUCUGUCAUCUUGCUCAUCUUGCACGAAGAAACAAACUAUAGUGUCCACAUCAGGUUUAAUGGAACAGGUUAUGUGUUGUUGAAGAAUGGAUUUAGACGAGCUUGUAUCUCAAAAUACGAAAUUGAUAUCUCUAUCGAAAUCGUCUCCAACAUCGAAGGUUCGAGUCCGUGCCUCAGCGUAGCAUCGUUGACCGACGGUCAGACGAUAACAAGCUCAAAUCCGAUGCAGCAGAGUUUGUACCUGGUGGACUCAGCGAUAUGCUAGGGAAUGACGUGGCUGUAACAAUCGAAACGGUUACGAAUACUGGCGCUGCGGGAGCUGCAACGUGGACGCUAGCCAAAGUUCUGGAUGGAACAGACGUCAAGAGCAGGGGCUUUACACUGUACUGCUUAAUAAGUGACUUGCCUUUUUUUUUGUAGGAGCCAGACCAAGGGCCACACCGUCGACAAGGGACCCUACACCGGCCUCGGUGACGACAACAGCGGCGGCCAGACAGACGGGAAGAGCGGCAACAAGAGCGAUAGCGCUGGGAAAAUCGGCCGCAUCGGAAAGGGUGGCUGCACAGGAAAGAGCGGCGCCACAGGCACCGGAAAGAGCGACUGCACCGGAAAGAGUGAUAGCGGAAGCGGCGCCACAGGAAAGAGCGGCGACACCAGCAAAAACGGGGCGCGCCCCGGAAAAAGUGCCACAGGAAAGAGCGACGCCACCGGCUGCGCCGGAAAGGGCGACGGCAGUAGCGAGGGCACCGGCAAGAGCGGGGCCACAGGAAAGAGCGGAGACACCAGCAAAAGCGGGCACCCCGGAAAAAAUGCCACAGGGAAGAGCGAUGGCAGCGGCUACGCCGGAAAGAGCGACGGCAGUAGCGAGGGCACCAGCAAGAGCGGCGCCCCAGGUGGAAAGAGCGGGGACACCAGCGCGAGCAGUUACGCCGGAAAGAGUGCCACAGGAAAGAGCGACGGCAGCGGCGGCACCACAGGAAAGAGCCACGGCAUUGGCUACGCCGGGCAGAGUGGUGGCACCGGCAAGAGCGGCGGCGGCGCCACAGGAAAGAGCAAGAGCGGCUCCACAGGAACGGCGGCGCCCACCAAGAGUGGCCGCACAGGGCAGAGCGAUGGGGCAGGCUCAAGCGGUUGCGCGGAACAGAGUGAUGGAAAGGGUGCCGGCACCGGCAUCACGAGCGGCGCCACAGGAAAGGGCGACGGCACCAGCAAGAGCGGCAGCAAGACAGGCAAAGAGGGCGACGCGGCGGCGGCAGCUCUCCACGUCGUGAACGGUGGCAAGACCGGCGAGGAGAGUGGCGCGGUGACGGCAGCCGACGGCAAUGCGCAGCCGAGUGGUGGCAAGACCUGCAAAGAGCGCGCCGCUACGGCAACCGACGGCGUUGCGCAGUCACCUGCCACGACGGUGAAAGCGCCGGUGGUCUCGAAGACCGGCGACACCAGCACGGUGCCAGGCAGCUCCGGUGAGCGGCAGGGGGACUCCCCUCCGACGGCAACCAAGGUGGCGCAAGCGUUGAAGCGCUUGGUCGGAGACGGGGAGACGAAAGGAGGAACGCUAAAAGCGCUCGGCUUGAAGCGGCAGCAGCAGCGGCAGCGGCAAUGCACCACGAAGCGACGUCGCCAGACCUUGAAGCAGGCGUGGCCGCUGUACGCAAUCGCUGAGGACGCAGGGGAGGAGGAAGGCGAAGGUGUGGCCUUCUUCGCUGGUGGAUUGGUGGCGGCGUUGCGUCUCCGUGCUUCGCCUUUCGUACUGCGGGGGAAGUCUGAGGCCGGUCCAGCGGGUGGCCACGUAGCCUUUUAGGGGCACGCGGCCAGUCAGCGUGGGGGAUUUUUGGGCGGCGGGCGGGUGGCGGCAGGCGAUGUGCUGGGGGAUUUCUGCGGACGGGCCUACUUCACAGCUUGCGACAUCUUUAAAGAAACUUGCAAAGGAGUAGUGAAAGAACUAUCGGCGUCAGGCUUCUUGACGUCUUUGCUGCCUGCUCCGCACACGAGCAUGGUCGGCCGUGAUUGAUUCCGGGAGCAUUUGCUGGGCCGGGGGUAUUUGGUGCCCCGGCCCGCCUGCGGGGCUGUGGGGAGUCUUAGGAGAUGAGCGCCGCCACUGUCAAGAAGCUGGCCACCAUUCCAGGGCAUUGGUGGCGAGUCUGAAUGCGGGCAGUCGGCCCGCGCGGUAAAGCAAGGGGGCGGCUGGGCUUCUCUUGAGGGGUGUCCGUGGAACCUGCGACGCGGGCCCGGUAGGUUGGUGGGGGCCUUUCAUUCUUGCAGGGCUUUGGUUCACUUAGCACGGCCCUGCACGUCGCUAGCGCUGUGCUUGCUUUCGCAGUGGGCUCCGCUCUUGUGUCAGUGGGUGGGCGUGGUGCGGAUGCGGUGCGGCCGGGGGGUGGGCGCCUAGGUGUUCCAGGUUUGUACUUUUUUGCGCCGUUCAAUUGGUCAGGACGAGAAUAAAUUAGUGAGUUGUGCCCUCUGUUGUCGGCAGCACUCUUCAUCUGACACUCCCCAGUCGUUAUUGGCAUAUUAAUUUAGAUCAAAAAUUAUGAUCUACAGUGGCGGAGCAGCUGUGGGUGACGCGGAAUGGCAUUUGGAGUUGAUAAAUUCUGAUGAAAAGUGGACCUUUUUGCGCCUCACGAGUAACUAUGGAACUCCUGCGGCGGCUGUAGAGAAGGUGGACUCGACGGAGCAGGCGGACUCGUCUACGACGUUAUGGGAAUUUGUAAGGUCACUAUAUCAUGGAUUUCGUCGUGCAAUCUUCGGCGAGUCGACUUUCUCCAUCAUAGUAUUCAACUUGACUUCUGCAGCACCGUGUGUUUUCUGAUCACUUCAUAAACAGCGCUGCUCUCGUACAUUAUAAAGAUAAAAUAUACUUCAUUCGACCUGCAUACCACUGACUUCUAACACCUCUAACCGCCGACGCCAAUGCUGAACCACAAGCACAGCAACCACCAGCACAACCUCCACUGGCGCAGCCGAUGCCUGAUUUGCGCUUCAGUUUUUUUGCUGAUAAGCAAAUGUCGGUAGCUGACAACUGGACUGCUGAUAAGAACGGCGAACUGGUGAAGUAUUUCCGAAAGAUCAUCUCACCCGAGAGUCCAGUAGAAGUUGGAGUCAGAUGGAAGGUACGAAAUAGGUGAGGUUGAGGAUGUUGGUUGAUGAUAAAACGCCAUAGCCUCAAGUCGUAUGGUAUACAAUUCUAACUCUAAUGAUUGUCGAGUAUUGCUCGUCUCUAGCUCCACGAAAUAAAAUCGCUUUGUGUUGAAGAUACUCCUGAUUUGUGUCAUCCUUGUUACGAAAAUGCUAGAUGUUGAUACAGUCAGAAGAAGCCUAAGAUAGCUUCGCGCAUCAACUGACCUACUGUGAAUAUGAGUCAUACAAUCCCAACCACUUACUUUUGCCGCUCUUCAUUUGUCAAUAGAGAAUCCGUCUCGACUGUAAUCUAUGAUAUCUUUCCUACACGAGUAACAGAAAGCAGUAACCGAUAAGCAAGAGAAAUAUCUUAAUGUUAAUCCGUCUCUCGUUGCCGUUCCGUCUGAAGAGAACUGUAGUGACAAGAUGAAUGCAGCCAACCCGAUAUUAAGUACCGACUAUCAUGCCACCACAAAGUCGUCCUGUUUCCUCAAUGCCCUAGAUCUUCUGAUUCAACAUUCUACUCAGCUGACUGUAAUAUCUCCUACACCUCCUACAAACCGAUUAGAACUACCAACCUACCGUUCAGCCAUAGCUCAUCAUGACUGUGGACUUGCCUCAUCAAUCUUCAAGUAAUCUCCAAAGUUCAGUAGUCUGUCCAUCAUGUUGCCUACAACACAUACCUCUAAGGAAAUCAGUUUCACCUAUACUACUUUCGCCUACUUGAUGUACAAAUGAAUCACUCCAAGACUACGUGAGAACGCCGCUGUUUCAGAAAAUACAACGCGUCUCUGUCUAGGACUUCGCCAAAGUCAUGACAAAUGUACGAAAAAGAAAGAAGCUACCUUUCGAGGACGAACAUAGCGUCUUCACACUCG